AUGUUUAACGACCGUGAGAUCCAGUCACAGCAGUCGAUCUUAGACAGCAAUGUCUGGGGGCAUGCCCCGGCUCACGAGACCGCACUGCAAAAGCUCUGCCGCCAAGAGUUCCUCAAACCGGAUGAUGUGCAGCGAAUACGCGAAUUGAUGACGGCUCGCAGCCCACCUGAAGAUGAGGCCAUGGGCAUUGGCAACGCGCUGACGGGUUCCAACGAAGACGCUGGAGGUUUGGAGAAUGAGAUCAUGAGCAUCAUUGACGAGGCCACUCAUGUUGUCGACGCCUACAACAGCAACAAUAAAAGCAAUAACCAAGCAUCCGGCAAUGACAACAGCGACGACGCAACGGCUGAAACUUCCGAGCCCCGGUAUUACGCGCGCAGGAUCUGCGGUGCGCUUAAGAACACCAAAAACAGUCGUUAUGACCACGAACGCGGCGUCCAUGUCGGCACGAUCUGCCUGUUUCCUGGCUGUGGUGCUAUGGAAGCUACAGAGGGCGCCAUGGCAGCUCAUCUUCGCGAGGUCCACCGCUACAGCGAGGUGCAGCUGGAAGGACAAACCAAGUUUCAGUGUGGUUGGCCUGGUUGCAGCAAGAUCUUUCCCGCUGACCGGAGUGCGGGACGUUGCGUACAAUGGCACCAGACUGCUGUGCUGAGAAACACAGACCAAGACGAGUAG